UAAAUAACUGAGAUAAGAACCACUUGGAAAAUGCACACGUAUAAUCCAAUGACCUAGUUACCUCGACCAGUAAAAAUAGCGGGCGACAAUAGCUCAAACACUAUUUUUAGUGCGUAUCUUUAAAAUCCCAAUCCACACACCCUUAUCUCUCGCAUCAAAUCGCAUUGUUGUCUUAGCGAGUCGAGAAUCUGUCAGCGCGCGAACACGGUUACGGCGCAAGACAUAAAAUACAUCUAUAUAACGCCAUAGUACCGGCCAAAUCGAUACUACGCCGCGUAAAGCCAGUCCGAGUUGUUUUUCGUCUGAACAUUAGUGCUCGUUUAGUUAUCGCUAGAAUUUUUAGUUUAGUAAACAAGGGAACAUGUUUUAAAAGAAGACUGUAAAAUGGAAGGCAGUGCUAAAAGGUACAUACGUAGCGAAUCAGCGAGUUGUGCACACAUGGUAGAAGAGAAUUCUACGAACAAUAGAAAAAGUACGGAUCCCCACGAGAAGCUGAAGGCUCUGUUGAACUCUCCCGAGGAGGAUACAGACGACACCCUGCCGCCUUCCGACGCUCCUAAAUUCGGCACUGUCAUACACAAUAGGAUCUUUGUGGGGGGAUUUUCUCUGACGACGACUGAUGAGGAUCUUUGGAAGUUUUUCUCCGGCUUCGCAACUGUAACGGCGGCAAGGGUAAUCUACGACCGAGCUGGCGUCUCCAAAUGUUACGGCUUUGUUACAUUCGCAAGCCCCAGGGUCGCGAGACUUAUUGUUAAGCAGAGUGGAGGUGUGAUGUUCUCUCCGUUGGGUCGUUUGCGCGUGGCUCAGGCUGUCAGGAAGCAGGUAAUGUCGUGUGUGCAGAUGAGCCAGGUGCCGAUGGCGAGCGCGGAGGCAGCGCAGGCGACGUUGCCCGGACCGUUGUGCUAUCAGCUGGUGUGCGCGCCGCCGCUCGCGCCGCUGCCUGCCUGCGCGCCCUGCGACCUGCCGCCGCACCCCUACGCCAUCUAUCCACUGCCAUUUGACACGACGCCAGCCAUAUACGGUCCGCCAGCGCAGUACGCGCUUGUGCCGGCGGCGUUCGGGGCGGCGUGCUGCGAGCCCGCCUGCUGCGCCCCACUGGACAAGCAGCCGCGCCCCCCGCACCCCCAGCUGCACCCCGCAUUCAUCUACUGAGAUCCCCACACACACACCUCGUACAUCCCUUAUACAAUCUUCAUGUCUCGAUAAAAAUACGCUUGCUUAAAACUUACGUAUGUUAACGCUGGGUAGAUAUUUUUUGAUGAUUUUUAUCCAUAGAUAAAACCUAAUAGAUUCUUUUAAAAUGAUAAAUAUAAAAGACAAUAGAUUUGGCGUAUUUAAAGAUAAUAUUAUUUUUCGCUCCAGUCUUCCAUAGAUUCGAUAUUUCGUUAAUUAUUCGGUCACAAGCUUUCUAAUAAACUCGAAGUCAAGUAAAUGAGUUAAUGAAUGUGUUCAAAACUAUUUAGACUCUGUCUGUCUGUGUGCGAGUGUUGACGUUUUUGUCUAUCCGUGUGUCGUCUUAACUCUUUAUCUUAAUUUAAUAUUAGUACUAUCGUAUUAGUAUAUUUAAGCUUCAACUGGGUAUAUAAGUAAGUCAAACCGUGAAUCCGCGUGCUAUCAUUGUGUACUGACCACUGACCUUUAUAAAUGGACUGGCUUUAAGGUAUCGUAUUUUGUGCCCAUUCGAUUUUCUCCAUUUUGACGCUGAUGGUAGCGUUGCUGAGGAUUUGAACUAAUUAUAUAGAAGGAAUUAACUUUCACUUAACAUCAACACGUACGUUUAAAUCGGAGUGGAGCAGACCUCGUCAAUUCGAAGGAAUCGCCUAUCUAUUUGCACAGAUCAGUGGUACUGGCACAUACCGCUCUAUAUGUUUUAAAGUCUUCGUCGUAAUGUUGACGAUAUGAAAUGUAAAUGUAAAUUUUAUUGUAGGUUGUGUAAUAGAUUUGAAAUAUCUGAAACGAUGGUAAUUAUAUUAAAGUGCAAUUCGAGCGCAACGAACAAAAUGGCACAAAUUGAAACUGUUAGUAAUAAUAAUAUACCUCAAUAUAACAAUUGUUGUAGCUUGUUAUCCUUUAAAAAGGAAUUUUCUUUAUCCAUAGUAUAAGGUUGUUAUGUUGCCCAAACACUUAGAACAGAUAAAUGAAUCUAUUUUUGAACGCUUUAGUUAUAAAUGUUGCUAAUGACAAUGAGAUUAUAUCUGGGGUCCAAGAUGUGAUAGGUGACGUACGUUUCUAAAUUUAACAUCGAAAGGUUUGCUAAUAGCCGCAAUGUUUAAAUUUAGAAACGUAAUUAACCGAAACCGUUAUUGAUUAUUGACUUGGGAAAGAGUUUUAUCAAAUAGCAUUUGCAAUAAAUAACGGCAAAAUAAAUAUAAUUUGCCAUUACGAUUGUUACAACUUGUUAGUUAUUAAAAAGGUGCGUUAUAUUUAUAUAAAAAAAAUGUUAUAGAACAAUGACAAAUUAUAUCCAACGAACUUAAAAUAAAAUUUCAGUAGAAUUGAUACGAAUAGGUACAAAGGUACAAAUAAUUUCUUUAAAUGUUUUUUGCCCUUUUUAAAUUACCUAAAUAAAUCUAUAAAAACAUC